GCUGCCUGACAGCCAAAAACGUAUUAGGGGCCGGAAUUUGUGGUUCGGCAAUCCCCUGCGCACGUAAAUGGUUCAAAUUUUCAGGCUGCGCAUACAGUAUCCGGGCUUGGUUCAUGUUGAAACCAGAACGUACGUAGGCAUCCAGCAUGGCAACGUAUUCCACGUUGGAAUACUCAUAAUUACGAUCCAUUUUUUUACACACAGAAUCUUAUACGAGUGAAAUUCGUUAGCAUUCGCUUGUAACAAUAACAUUUGGCAUUGACACCAAACAUUGACUUAUCAACUAUUAGACCGAUGACAUCAAGUGAGGAGAAAAACUGCCGUUUUAUCCCGCCAGGUAUCGCACAAUCGACACUGCUUAACCUCAACUUGUCAUCUGUCAAAUCCUAUACAUUUUUUGUUAAUUACAUCGUGAGAUUACAAUUAUUGGGUAAUAUCUUAUUAAAAUGGCCCUGUGUAGUGCUUUAGACUGCAAAAAUAAAGGCGUUCACGCUUUCCCUAAAGACCCAAAGCGUAGAAAGGCUUGGGAGAAAGCGUUAAGAAUCAAAAACUUUAAAGCAAAAGACUCAUCGCGAUUAUGUUCCAUGCAUUUUACAUCAGAUGACUAUUACGGACAAAGUAUAUACACAAAUUACGAGCCGAAAGCGAGAUUCUUGAAGAAAACUGCUGUACCUUCAAUAUUUUCAUUCAACAUUUCAAGAUUAGAUACAGCAAGUGCAACAGCCCGUCAGCAGCGACUUGAGAUGAGGUCUCAGAAAAAGUUACGGUUUGAAGAGACUGUGACCCCAUCAACAAGCCACCAACCAUCAAUUAAUGAAGAAAGAAUGGUGCCCCACUCCAUGGACGUAGAAGAAACUGUAACUCCAACAUCAAUAAAUCAAGAAAGUACAGUGCCAAUCUUCAUAGACGUUGCUAGUGAAAUAGAAAUCAGUGCGAAUAUAAAUGAUUUUACAGUACCUAUUUUAAAUAAUCCUAAAUUCUCAUCUAAAGAGACGCAAAUUGACAUGGAACAUGUAUUUGGAACAAUACAUAGAUUCAAAAAUGAUGAUAAAGCAAUUCAAUUUUAUACAGGCUUCGAGUCUUACCGGAAGUUCUUUUUUGUUUACUCAACUUUGAGUCCUAUGGCCCAUAAAAUACAGUAUUAUGGUAGUUCUGUUAUUUUGCUCAGUACUGAAGAUCAGUUCUUUUUAACAAUAAUGAAAUUAAGACAAAAUAAAUGUAUUUUUGAACUAAGCAGAUUUUUUAAUGUAAGUACUACAACAGUGUCAAAUAUAUUUAUUACCUGGAUAAAUUUCAUGUAUCAACUAUGGAUAAAACUCGACACAUGGCCAAGCAAAGACUUGGUACAUUAUUAUAUGCCGGAACAUUUUAAAAAUUAUAAUGCGAAUAUAAGGGUGAUUUUAGAUGGGACCGAAUUUCAUGUACAGAAACCUAAAAACCCAACGUCUCAACAAGCGUCAUGGAGUAGCUACAAGCAUGCAAAUACUCUUAAAGUUCUUGUUGGAGGAACACCGGGGGGAUUGUUAUCAUACUGCUCUCCUGCAUAUGCUGGGUCGGUCAGUGACAGGCAAACAGUGGAGAGAAGUAAUUUAAUUAGUAAAUGUGAAAGUGGUGACUGCAUUUUAGCAGAUCGGGGAUUUAAUAUUCAGGACAUGUUUGCACACAAAAAUGUUGCUGUAAAUAUACCUACUUUUUUAAAGGGCAAAACACAGUUACCAGGUUUAACAGUGUUAAAAGAUAGGAAUCUAGCUAGUAAAAGAGUGCACAUUGAACGCUUAAUUGGCCUCACUAAAACAUAUAAGAUUUUAAAAAGUGAUCUGGAUCACAGUUACAUUCCAAUUGCAGGUAAAAUAUUUUUUAUAUGUACUAUGUGUUGUAAUUUUAGAGAAAGCAUAAUGAAAUAAGCAUAAUCGAAUAGAACACAACGAGUGGUUAUUAAUGGAACUCAAUCUGCCGGCUCCCCAGUAGCACUUGGAGUGCCUCAAGGCUCAAUACUUGGCCCGUUUCUGUUCUUGGUUUACAUUAAUGAUCUACCGAAACUUGUGCAAGAUAAACAUGAUAUAGUCUUGUUUGCUGAUGACACAUCUCUGUUGUUCAAGGUAGACAGAAAAGCAAUUAACUACGACAGUAUUAACAAUGCACUAUCCACCGUAGUUAACUGGUUUACGACAAAUAACCUUUACAUCUCUAUGUGACAGUAAUGUAUAGUUAUUAAUUAGGUUGUGACGACAUGUAUGUAAUCAUACAAAAUAAGCACAAAAUGUGAAGUCUCACCAGCCUAAACGUGUUUAGCUUUUAUUAUAAAUAGAGCCCGCCAGCUUGAACAUGUCAUGCUCGCUGAAAAGUCUUUGCUUAUGGUGGCGACGUUGAUCGGGUCGCCACUUUCCCAAAGAAAGGUUGAGGGAGGCGAUGGCUGAGAUACGCGUCAUACUCGUGAACGGGUGCUGUUUGUGAAGACUGGUCUGUUUUAGCUUACUGUGGUUCCAUAUUUAUGUAGUAACACAUUAUGAAUAUAUUGAGAUUAAUUUGGCGUGGAGAGACAUUUCAUUCGGUGCUAGUUAUACAUAAUUUUAUCUUUAGUUUUUAUCUAGAAUAUAGGACACUUGGAGACCUUUUACAUCUCUAAGGGUUUUUUUUUUUUUUUAGAAUAGAAGUCAUUUAUUGUUUACCGUGUACAAUAAGGUGGAAUACAAUGUUAUACACAUACAGUCACAACGGCAACCCAUAUCGGGUAUACAAUAUUACAUUUUCAACUUAACUAAUACUUACUUAAUUUAACUAAAACUACAUAUUUGUUAACAUGCUAGUUGGUCUCAUACAUAAAGUAUUCAUGCAAAUUAUAAAAAACACGAUCAAUCAACCAUCCCUUUAGCUGUAGUUAAUAAUACAAUUCUGUAAGUUUGAUUUCAUUCUAAAAGAGAAUAAUCUCUUUUUAAAUUUGUAAUUUAUGGUAAAGGACACAGUUCAGGGAAGAAAGUAUAUCAAACGGUAAGCAAAGCACCUACUUAAAUUUUUGCAGUUUAAUUUCACUCUUUUAUUUUUUUGGCGCGUUCUUUGUUGAUAGCUGUGAUUUGUCUCUUAAAGUAGUUUGAUAUGUUUUCUCACAGAACAGUGAAAGUAUCUUAAUAUAGUCUUUAAGUAUCAUUGUACUGUUUUGAAAAAAUAAGUCCCGCCGAGUUUCUUGGCCGGUUCUUCUCGGGUCAGAGGUGUAGGGUGGAAUCGGUGGUAGAUUUAGGUUCAUUUUCUUUUUUUUCUGUUUAGUACGACGUGUAAAAGUGCCCUUGUGGCCUACUUACUGAAUAAAUUUUAUUUUAUUUUUAUUUUUAUUUUAUAAAUAAUUGUGUUAAGUUUAGUUGACACGGAAAAUAAAUAAAACAAAAAUAUUA